UAUCGGUCCUUCAGAAUGAUCAACAGAAAACAUGGACUGGUAAGACGGGGGCGUCUGCAUUUUCUUCCGCUCGUAACAUAUUACGAACGUCUGACGGUACCUGACUCUCUGAAACACAGACUUUGAAGAGCACGUGGAUUUUACAUAGAUUGUUCUCAAAGGCUUUCCACGCGGGAGCACUCGCGUAGAAGAUGGAUGUAAACUUUGUGCAAAUCGGCGGCGUUUUAACAAUCAUCAUCCAUACAGUCCUGCUGUCAUCAGCCACACUUGAGCCUUAUGACUUACUUUACCACAACGGAAUUGAAGCUUUUUCCAGAGGUGAUUAUACAAAUGUUGUGCGAUAUAUGGAGAAAGCGCUGAGGAGUUUCAGUGAAGUCCAUGAGACCAAAAUACGAUGCAGACUUAAAUGCAAAGAUCAACAUAGCCUGGACAGGUUUCUAACGGACCUUCAAUUAUUUGACGUAAUUCUUCGAAGAGCCGCGUGUUUAAAUGACUGUACUGAAAGAAAAAUUGGACCUCAGUCUAUGCAUAAAGUUACCGAAGAAGUUACCCAAGACUUCAAUAGAAGAGUCCCUUACAAUUAUCUUCAACUUGCGUACCAAAAGCUAAAGCAGCUGGACAAAGCAGCUGCUGCUGCUCACACUUAUUUCCAGGCAAACCCUGAGCAUGUUGAGAUGAUCCAGGACUUGGAGCAAUACAAGGCACUGGAGGGAGUGGAAGAGAGGCACUUCAUCAACCGAGAAGCUCGCCCACAUCAGAAAGCCUUCUCUGCGGGGGCAAAACUGUACGAUAAGGGGGAGUAUGGGCAUGCCGCAGUGCUCUUCGAGGAGGCCCUGGCUGGGUACUACCAGGCCGAUAUGAAGUGCAGAGCCUUGUGUGAGGGCCCCCAGCACUUUGAGGAGCAGGACCACACGCUCUACCGCUACAGCCUCUAUGAGCUAAUUUCAGAUCACUACACGCAAAUCCUGCACUGCCAGCACGAGUGCAUACGAGACCUGGCCACACGACCCGGCCGCCUCUCACCCAUGGAGAACUACCUGCCUCUGCACUAUGACUACCUGCAGUUCGCCUACUUCCAAGAGAACAAGCUGGAGGAAGCUCUGGUCUGUGCUCUAACCUACCUGCUGUUCCAUGAAGGAGAGGAGUUCAUGACUGAAAAUGUGGAGUAUUACACUGAGAUUCUGGGAAGUGGGGGCCAGCCUCGCCAGGAGGCUGUACAGUAUUUGAAGAGACACAAGCAGGAGUUGGAGCUGCUCCUCAUCGGCACUUCGAACAUGGGCCUAGCAUACACCCAGGGGAACUACUGGAACAGCCCAGGAGGAAGAGAUGACACAAACCGGAUCCCCUCAGGGACAGAUGGCGGGAUGGAAUACGUACCCAUCUCAGAGAAACGGAACACCUCCCUGUCUGUGCUGCAAGACCCUAGGGAAGGGGGCCCUUUAUUGUACGAUAGCGUGCGUCUGGUGCUGAAUUCAGGUGCUCUUAAUGGGACUCAGAGGGCGGUCUUUGAUGAUGUCAUUUCUGAAGAUCAGUGUUCGGAACUACAACACCUGGCACAUACUGCGACUAUUGCUGGAGAUGGCUAUAGAGGGAAGAUGUCCCCUCACACGCCAAACGAAAAAUUUGAAGGGACAACCGUGCUGAAAACCUUGCAGUAUGGUUAUGAGGGGCGUGUCCCUUUAGGAAGUGCCCGCCUCUUCUACGAUAUCAGUGAGAAGGCUAGGCAGAUCAUUGAGUCUUAUUUCAUGCUCAGCUCUACCCUACAUUUCUCAUACACUCAUCUGGUGUGCCGUACAGCUAUUCCAGGUCAGCAAGAACUGAGGAAUGACCUUAGCCACCCGAUCCAUGCUGAUAACUGCCUGCUGGACCCCGAAGCCAAUGAGUGCUGGAAAGAGCCUCCAGCAUACACCUACAGAGACUACAGUGCGUUGCUGUAUCUAAAUGGGGAUUUUGAUGGGGGAGAGUUCAUAUUUACUGAAAUGGAUGCCAAAACGGUUAAGGCAUCGGUGAAGCCAAGGUGUGGGAGGAUGGUUGGUUUCUCCUCUGGCGGUGAGAACCCGCAUGGCGUGCGAGCCGUCACCAGAGGGCAGCGAUGCGCCUUGGCGAUGUGGUUCACUCUGGAUCCCCUCUACAGAGAGCUGGAGAGACUUCAAGCGGAUGAGGUCAUUCAGGCACUCCAAAACCAGCUUCACUGGGCUCAAGAUCACAUUAACCCAAAAGACGAGUUAUAGUCCAGGAGCCAGAAGGAGGAGAAAGCCUUUCAUUCAGAACGGUUUCUAUUUAUGAUCAGAACUUUUUUGAUUUUUGCACUUUUUGAUAUGUGUUACUUUGUUUCAGUCUCUGAGAAUAUGAAUUUUAUUGUGCAUAUCAGGUCACGUUUUCAUUCAUAUUUUUCUUUGACAUGAAUUGGUUUGCAUCAUACAGAUCAAAGGUUGUGCUAUUACAUCUUCUAGAAUGCAUCAUGAGUAAGAGCAAUAUGGAUAUGGAAAGUGUACAGUAAAAUAAACUGCAAAAAAUGUGCUUUUCAAAUCUGAGGGGUUUUAGCAUUUUAUUUAUGUGACUUGAAUUACAUCAAAGAUGUAUGUUGCAAAUUAUAUGAAAAUUAUUUUGUUUUUACUGUAUAUGCUUUGGUAGGACUGCUGUGUUUAUUCACCAGUCUCUGAUUUAACCUCAUACCAUCAAUGUAUAGUGCACUGUAAUUUUUCUUUUUCCAGAAUUGUUCAUUUGUCUUAUAGAUAAGUGUUUACAAUACUGACUCAACACUAUGGUAUGCUCUGAUCAUAAAUAUCCACCAUAGCGCGUGUCAGCAUUUGAUGUUAGGAUCUUUUUUAAUAAAAGAUACUUUUUA